AUGUCUGAAUUGCCGAUACAUCGGGAUGCAGUGGUUAAAACCGUUCGAGUAGAAAAGAUUAGACUUCACAAGAGAAGCCAAGAAACCGUGUACAUCGCAAAUGUCGUCUGUGGACGCAGGCUGGAGGAAGCUCUAACGCUGUAUAAAUCAAUAGUUUUGUUCACGGACAACGAAACAAGAAUACAUUUACAUAUUUUUACAGAUCAUCUUCGGAUUAAUCUGACAAAAGAGCUCGAUAGAUGGCCAGAUAUUGUUGGUGGUCGAAUCACGUACAGUGUACAUUCAGUUGAAUAUCGCGAUGUAGAAGACGCCCUCAAGUGGAAGAACAUGUUUGCACCAUGCUCAACUCAGCGUUUAUUUCUGCCGAACAUUUUGAACGAAACCGAUGCUGUUAUUUACAUAGAUACAGAUGUUUUAUUUCUUCGUUCGCCAAAACUAUUAUGGGACACAUUCAAAAAGUUCAAUGAAACACAACUUGGCGCCAUGGCUAGAGAGAGCGAGGACCUAGUAAAAGGAAACUGGUACAGCAAAUAUUCAAAGAUACCAUACUACGGUAGUCUUGGGUUGAAUGCUGGUGUAAUGCUUAUGAAUCUGACACGAAUGCGAUACAAACAUUGGGAGGACAACAUGCUUGAUGUGUACAACGAAUACAAAGCGAAUUUAACAUUUGCGGACCAAGAUAUUAUGAACAUCUUCUUUCAUUUUAACCCAGAUAUAAUAUAUGUCCUUUCAUGUAAAUGGAAUCUAAGAACAGACCACUGCGAUGUGCCACCAAUCCAGUGUAAAGAUGCCCUCAACGAUGGAAUCUCAUUAGUGCAUGGCAACAGGAGAAAGUUCCACAAACAUUUCAGUAACCAACCAACUUUUAUCUGGCCGUACGAAGCAAUCAGGGAUACAGAUCUAGGCAACAGUCGAAAUAAGUUUGUUGAAGAGCUGCAAAGGAAGUUUGAUUCAAUUCGAAAAAUUCCUGGUUGUGCACGGCUUGGCUCAAUAAUUGUGGAAACUCUAAUAAUUUCUUUGAUUGAAAGCAUAAACGCAAGAUGA